GUCUCCUGGCUGCGCCCGGCCGAGCGCCCCCUCCUCUCUUGCCCUCCUCCCUGCGUACCCCGCCCGUGAUUGCAACGCAAACCCCUCCCAGCUGCGCGGGUCUAGGGGACUCGGCCGCCCCCGCCCCAACUGGGAGGCGGCGGCGGCCACCGUAGGCUGCAGUGGGGACCGAGAUCCGAGGCCCGGUGGCGGCCCUGCGUCUGGACCCGGCACGCGGGGUCUGUGCCUCUGCGCCCCCAGCCCAGGGCCGCGGUGCUUUGCCUUGCCGAGGGCUAGAGGAGCCUCCCCAGGCCCUGGCUGUUGGUGACCAGAGCCGUCCUGAUCCCGCAGGCCGGGCCGGGCCCAUCCGCGGCCCCCCAUGAGCGCGCCCGGCUGACCGGUGAGGCGGCCGCGGUGGAGCCGGCGCGCCCCGAGGGCGGCGGGGCCAUGGCCUCGCUGGACCUACCGUACAGAUGCCCGCGAUGCGGGGAGCAUAAGCGCUUCCGGAGCCUGUCGUCGCUGCGCGCGCACCUGGAAUACAGCCACACCUACGAGACGCUCUACAUUCUCUCCAAGACGAACAGUAUCUGCGACGGCGCGGCCGCUGCAGCAGCAGCUGCUGCAGCAGCCUCCGGUUUCCCGCUGGCACCAGAGCCCGCUGCCCUGCUAGCGGUGCCCGGAGCCCGGCGCGAGGUCUUCGAGAGCACGUCCUUCCAGGGCAAGGAGCAGGCGGCAGGAUCUGCGCCCGCGGGGCCGCACCUGCUGCACCAUCACCACCACCACGCGCCGCUGGCUCACUUCCCCAGCGACCUGGUGCCCGCCAGCCUUCCCUGCGAGGAGCUGGCCGAGCCGGGGCUAGUGCCUGCCGCGCGCUAUGCGCUACGCGAGAUCGAAAUCCCACUCGGUGAGCUGUUCGCGCGUAAGUCCGUGGCAUCCUCGGCCUGUUCGACGCCGCCACCCGGGCCCGGCCCUGGUCCUUGUUCCGGGCCCGCCUCUGCAUCGCCGGCGUCGCCUUCGCCUGCCGAUGUAGCCUACGAGGAGGGCUUGGCACGCCUCAAGAUCCGCGCGCUGGAGAAGCUGGAGGUGGACCGGAGAUUGGAGCGGCUCAGCGAGGAGGUGGAGCAGAAGAUCGCGGGCCAGGUGGGCCGGCUACAGGCCGAGCUGGAGCGCAAGGCCGCGGAGUUGGAGACUGCGCGACAGGAGAGUGCUCGGCUGGGACGCGAAAAGGAGGAACUGGAGGAGCGUGCCUCUGAGCUCUCGCGCCAGGUGGACGUGAGUGUGGAGCUGCUGGCCUCGCUUAAGCAGGACCUGGUGCAUAAGGAACAGGAGCUGAGCCGCAAGCAGCAGGAGGUGGUGCAGAUUGACCAGUUCCUGAAGGAGACAGCAGCUCGGGAGGCCAGUGCCAAGCUGCGGCUGCAGCAGUUCAUUGAGGAGCUCCUGGAGCGCGCAGACAGGGCUGAGCGCCAGCUGCAAGUCAUCAGCAGCAGCUGUGGCAGCACACCCAGUGCCAGCCUGGGCCGAGGAGGUGGGGGCAGCGCCUCAGGGCCUGGGGCGAGAGGCCCAGGCAGAACGCGAGAACACCAUGCAGGCCCAGCUGUGCCAAGCACAUACGCCGUAUCUCGGCAUGGCUCCUCUCCCAGCACAGGGGCCUCCAGCCGUGUGCCAGCUGCAUCCCAGAGCUCAGGCUGCUAUGACAGUGACAGUCUGGAGCUGCCCCGGACAGAGGAAGGGCCCUCGGAGGACAGUGGCCCUGGGGGCUUGGGUUCACGGGCCCAGGCUACCAACGGUGGUUCAGAGCGGUCCCAGCCCCCUCGUAGUUCAGGCCUGCGACGACAGGCCAUCCAGAACUGGCAGCGUCGACCGCGCCGUCACAGCACCGAGGGGGAGGAGGGUGACGUCUCAGAUGUGGGCUCCCGAACCACUGAGUCAGAGGCUGAGGGCCCCUCUGAUGUUCCACGCCCUGGACCAUCUCUGGCUGGGCCCUUGAACAGCUGCCGGCUCUCAGCCCGCCCUGAGGGAGGCAGCGGACGGGGCAGGCGAGUGGAGAGAGGUAGCCCCUCACGCUCCAAUGAGGUCAUCAGUCCAGAAAUCCUCAAGAUGCGUGCUGCCCUCUUCUGUAUCUUCACCUACCUGGAUACCCGUACCCUGCUGCAUGCUGCAGAGGUCUGCCGGGACUGGCGCUUCGUGGCUCGCCAUCCUGCCGUCUGGACGAGGGUGCUGCUUGAGAAUGCCCGAGUCUGUUCCAAGUUCCUGGCGAUGUUGGCUCAGUGGUGCACCCAGGCCCACUCAUUAACGUUACAGAACCUGAAGCCCCGACAGCGGGGAAAGAAGGAAAGCAAGGAGGAAUAUGCCCGCAGCACCCGGGGCUGUCUUGAAGCGGGGCUGGAGUCCCUGCUGAAGGCGGCCGGUGGGAAUCUGCUGAUCCUGCGCAUCUCCCACUGUCCCAACAUCCUCACCGACCGGUCACUCUGGCUGGCCAGCUGCUACUGCCGGGCUCUGCAGGCUGUCACCUACAGGAGUGCCACAGACCCCGUGGGCCAUGAGGUGAUCUGGGCCCUGGGUGCAGGCUGCAGAGAGAUUGUCUCCCUCCAGGUGGCGCCACUUCAUCCCUGCCAACAGCCCACUCGGUUCAGCAACCGUUGCCUGCAGAUGAUUGGACGUUGUUGGCCCCACCUCCGGGCCCUGGGUGUAGGUGGUGCCGGCUGUGGUGUACAGGGCCUGGCAUCACUCGCAAGAAACUGCAUGCGGCUACAGGUCCUAGAACUGGACCACGUGUCAGAGAUUACCCAGGAGGUGGCGGCUGAGGUGUGCCGGGAAGGCCUGAAGGGACUGGAGAUGCUGGUGCUCACAGCCACCCCUGUUACCCCUAAGGCCUUGCUACAUUUUAACAGCAUCUGCCGGAACCUCAAAUCCAUUGUGGUGCAGAUUGGGAUUGCUGAUUACUUCAAAGAGCCCAGCAGCCCCGAGGCCCAGAAGCUGUUUGAGGAUAUGGUAACAAAACUCCAGGCUCUACGAAGGAGGCCUGGCUUCUCGAAGAUUCUGCAUGUCAAGGUGGAAGGUGGCUGCUAACCCGGGUGAGGGGCUGCAGGGCCCCUGCCAGCCCCACACCAAGGCACUCUUUGGACCUCUGGAGGGGCCCUGGCUUGGACUAGACCUUGGAAGGUCUAGAGUCACACCAGGUUCCAGACAGCGGUUGAGUACCCCAUCCAAUUCAAACAGCAAAGUGACAGGUGACCCAGCACCGCCUCCCCAGGGAAGGGCUUGGACAGAAGCUGCCCCGAGACUCCCAUGACAUCCCCAGCUGGAGCAGCCUUCUGGCACAGCCAGCAGGAGCUGGCAUAGCAGCACCUGGUUGUCACCACCACUCAGAGGAUCUGCAGUAUCCACCCAGCAGCUCCUCAGCUGCUCAGGCAGGUCUCCUUCCUGAGGCCAGCUCCUCAUCAGGAGCCUCUUGUCAGGCCACAGGCCAGAAGGAGCUUAAGGCAGCUCAGACAUGGCUAAGAAGACACUUGGUCACUCCCUUCAGACAGCAGGCCCAGGUCCACAUUCUCCAGUGAUAACCCAGGCAAGCCUAGGAACCCAGGUUAGAGGAAAGUUGGGGCAGGGCCAUAGGGAUGAGUUUGAAAGGAUAAAAAAAAUGUCUACAACUCCCCAGGAUGAGGCCCACAUCUCCCUGGCAGGUAAAGGACUGGCCAGCUGGAGGAGACUACUGUAAGACAGAGUUCUCACUAACACACCCAGAACUAAGUUUAAAGCAGUCCCUAUACCUGCCCCUCCCUGCUGAGGGACCACAGAGGGAGGAAGGGGGCUUGGGAGGAAGGGGGC